CGUUUUGAAAUCCAUUCAGAGAUUAUCCAACUGGUGUGCACAUAUAAAGCACUUACUUCGUGUACGAUACACCCCAUCUUCGAGCGAUUCUAGGAGUUGAUCAGCCAUAGCCCCAACCACUCAUCUACCAAAGGAACAAAGGAGCAAACGGCGCAUCCUGAUUGAUUGCUCCAGAGAAGCACCUGAAUCGAACAUGGCCAUCAUUCGGAGCGUCUUUUAUGCUUUUUAUGCAAUCAUAUUCGCCAUCGGACUGCCAAGCAAUAUGGUCAUUUUGGCGGUGUACGCUGCAAAGAGGAAAAAGAACGGAACAGAUGUAUUCAUCAUGGGCCUGUCUAUCACCGAUUUACUCUCCUCGAUGAUAUGCCUGCUUAAAUUCAAGGUAUGGGUCGCCAGUGACAUCUUUUGCAAAAUCAAAUGGUUUAUUGACGGAUCGUUUAUAGGUCAUCAGUGGAUGAUGACAGUAGCUAUUAGCAUUGACCGUUACUUAGCGGUGUGUUUUCCCGUUCACCGUCGGCCGAAGGUUCGUCAAGCCAUCAUCAUUGUCGCCAUCGCUUAUAUGUUAACUUUUACGACGAUGAUACCAUGUAUUCCGGCGAUACAUUACGUUGAACUCAUCGAAGACUGCAUGUACAGGUCAGACCUCGAAUGGUUCAAAAAGUUUGAUAAAUACUUUGGACAAGGGUACAUCAUUAGCAUUAUCUGCACGUCAUCCUUAUUCUAUUGUCGGACCAUUUUUGCCCUUCGUCGCCUGUCAAAGGUUCACGCAAGACUUGUUGGCAAUCCAUCUAGCAAAUCGGCACUUCCAAGUGCCUCUAAGAAUUCUUUGCACCUUGCACAAACCAAUAUCAACAACUCUGGAGAGACCGCAUCAUGUGAACGGAUACCUAAUCAGAAAUCAGAUGUUGAUAUUGGGCUUGGCAAGCCCAACCACCAAACAGAUCAACCAACUGUUUACCCGGUUCCGGGAAGCACUUUAUCUGGAUGCAUCGAUACAUCUUUGAACAUCCCGCCAAAAGAAGCAUCUCUGCUUGCAACUACAAACGAGUCCUCUACAAGUCAAGGAUCACAAUGCAAUCUGGAAACCGUCUCUGGCAAACAUAUUGAUGUGCCUGGUCCUACCACUUCGACAGGUUCAGCAUCGGUGGUCCCCAACGCUCCAUCAUCACAGAUGGCAAUAGACCGUGGUGAUCAGAAUGACAAAAAAGACAGCCGUCUGUCAGAAAAGAAAUUGACGGCAACACUCUGUGUCAUUACCAGUAUUCAGCUCAUGAGCAUGAUACCGUUAGUCAUCGGUAGAUAUAUACCCAUUGAAACGCGGCAAGCAUUCAUGAGCAGAUCUAACGCACAUCAUACCAUUUAUGCCAUUAUCUUUCGCCUGUAUGAAGUCAACUCGUUCAUCAAUGUGUUUGUUUAUUGGCGAUUGAACAAGGUUUUCCGUCACGAUUGUAAAGUUGUAUUCGGACGCAUUUGGCAGGUAGUCUUCAACAAGUAGGCCGUUGGAGUAUAAUUGUAUCGACACUAUACCAGACUCCUCGGUCGGCCUACCCCUGCAAUGGCCGUAAGACGCCAUUUGCGAUAUAAAGUCUAGUAUUUAACAAAAUCGUAGAGGUUUCUACUUUGUUCAGUUCAGUUCAGUUCAAUUCAUUUAUUUUCUCAGCAUAAAAGAAAAAUAUAUAUAUACAAUAUGUACAUGAAUGACAAAUAAUAUCAGAGAAAAUUGGAAACUACAGAAAAGUUUAUAAAUACUUGAACAAGUCUAGGGUGUUCGCGGAAUCGUAUGAUAACCAUACAAUCAAAGUUUGUCGCUCUCGCGAGGUCGUAUGAUCGAGAUGAUGUUGAAAAUGCGAUUAGUUUAAGGACUCCGUACGAUCAUCGUAAGCCAAGCUUGCCCCACGCUUAUUUUUUGUCUUUAUAGUAUAUUCUAUUGUUGUUGUUCUAAUGAUAUAAGAUCGAGAAAUGAAUACUCCUUGUAGGAUUUCUUUAUGCGUAUGUAAGUAAGGAUCAGGAAUCGUUCCUAUACACUACAAAACGUGCUCAGUAGAAGCUCAUAAUUUUGCAACGUUACAAUGUAUAUAUAUCAGCAUCAUAGGAGCUUAAAGGACAAGUCCACCCCAACGAAAAGUUGAUUUGAAUAAAAAGAGAAAAACCCAACAAGCAUAACGCUGAAAAUUUCAUCAUAAUCGGAUGUAAAAUAAGAAAGUUAUGACAUUUUAAAGUUUUGCUUAAUUUCCAAAACAGAUACAUGCACAUCCUGUUCGGUAUGCAAAUGAGGAGACUGAUGACGUCAUCCACUCACUAUUUCUUUUGUAUUUUAUAAUAUGAAAUAUGAAAUAUUCUUAUUUUCUCCUCAUUGUCAAGUGAAACAACGGUUAAUUUCUCCCUGAACAUGUGGAAUUAGCAUUGCUCAAGACUGUAUGGUUCACUCAAGUUGGUCCUCAUUGUCAAAUCCAUAAAAAAAAUGAAAUAUUGUAUGAUUCAAACAAUAGAAAACAAAAGAAAUAGUGAGUGAAGGACAUCAUCGACUGUCUCAUUUGCAUGUCACUGAAUUGUGCAUAUCAUUGUUUUGUGAAAAAUUAGCGAAACUUUAAAAUGUCAUAACUUUCUUAUUUUACAUCCGAUUUUGAUAAAUUUUUCAGCAUUAUGCUAGUUUGAUUUUUCUCUAUUUAUUCAAAUGAGCAUUUUACUGGGGUGGACUUGACCUUUAAUAACUCGGUAGGCCUGGUGCAAAUUUUUUUAAAUCCAAAAUCACCUUUUUAAAUCUCUUGUUGAAUUCAUCCAAAAUUCUGGGAUUUAUGAUGAUCAAGUAUUCUUCAGUUACACUUCUGUAAUUAAGGAAUUCAAAGAGAAUCUCCCAUUGGACAUUAUUUUGUAACAUUCACACAUAUGGUACAAACUCUAGGAGGCCGUAGAAAGAACUCUAUUACACGCGAUAAGCAACCAUUCAGUAUCAUCAUCAUCUUCUUCUUCGAAUCUUCAGCUCUGUUCUGUUAAUGUACAGUAUGUGCGCAAUAAGACUGCCCUCAUUCACGAUUUCAUCUGUGACAGCAAAGUUGACUUAGUUGCCAUUGCAGAAACUCAAUCAUCAUCAACGAAGUGGUCGCCGUGGCGGCGGGACUGGCCCUGUGUUUAGAGAGACAAUUGAUGUCCGUAUGGCAGCUGCUGGUGAGAAGAACUCUUGAGUUUGCUGAAUAUCUUGUCUCGUUACAGCCAUUUCAUAUACAAUUAAUUAAUAUUUGAAGAGCUCACUUGCAAAAGGGGUUAGGUCCAUUUUUCAUCAAAUUUUAUUUUUAUGUCUUAAUGUAUAGAUUUUUAGUAGCUCUAUAAGAUGAUACCAAAGAAAAGCUGAAAUUCAUAUUAAAAAGUGAACUAAAAUGGCAAAGAAAAUCACUUUUUUUCAAAAGGGGUUAGGUCCAUUUCAGUUUAGUUGCAAAAGGGGUUAGAUCCACCCGGUUUUUUUUUGGAAAAGAAUAUCUUUAAAAAUAUGAAGACAGGUAGAUUUUCUCUUAUACCCAAUUUUAUGUUCUCAUGGUAGGGUAUCAUGAAAAUUCAGUUUCGCAUAAGAAUAUUGCAAUAUGGGAGAAUUAAAAAAAUUAUUUUCUUGGAGUGGACCUAACCCCUUUUGUAACUGAACUCUUCUGAAGAACUCAUUUGUCAAAAAGGGUAAGGUCCAUUUUUCAUAAAUUUUAUUGUUUUCUGUCUCUAAACCUCUAAAUUUUUAGUCACUCUGAUGAUACCAGAGACAAUUUGAAAUUCAAAUGAAAACGUGAAUGAAAGUGGCAAAGAAAAAUCACCUUUUUAAUCAAAAGAGAUUUGAUUUAUUUCAGUUUAGUUGCAAAAGGGGUUAGGUCCACAAUGAUAUUUCUUUAAAAAUAUAUAGAAAAAAAUUGAAGACAGGUAGAUUUCUUUUAUACCCAAUUUUAUGUUCACAUGAUAGGGUAGUACAUCAUGACAAUUUAGUUUCUCAUAAGAAUAUUGCAAUAAGUGAGAAUAAAAAACAUGGUUUUUCUCGGAAUGGUCCAAAGUGGACUUAACCCCUUUUGCAACUAAACUCUUCAUUUACAGACCACCAUACUCAGAAUCUCAUCCUGUAACAGUUUCAUCAUUCAUAUCAAGUUUAAUGAUUACAGCCAAUGUCAUUUGUUGUCUUAUCUCCCAUUGCUUAUUGUUGGAGAUUUUAAUAUCUGUGUGGAUACUGUCAAAGCAGCUAUAGAGGCAAGAUCUUUCUCGGAUCUGCUUGUAUGAGUCUCUUUUUUGCACACAACUGGUUAAUUUUAAUCCUUUUAAUACACAUGUUCAUGGUCAUACCCUUGACUUGAUGAUCUUGAUGACCACACAGUUCUCUUUUGUGCGAUCAUAAUUAUUCCUACUAUGCACUCUUAACUCAUACAAACCUCUACUGCCUUCUAAAGUAAUGUAAUACCGUAGGCUUGGAGUAAUUUAUAUUGAUGCGAUGAAGCUUGAUAUAGCAAUCUUCUAUAUAUAAUCUUCGCAAACUACACCUUGUGAUCUUGAGGAAUUGGUCUCAUUAUAUGAUGUAAUACUAAAAAGUAUCUUAGAUAAAUAUGCACCUGUCGUAACUAAUUAAUAAAGUUGUUCUGCGACCCCAAGUACCUUGGUUCACUGAUAAUGUAAAGAUCGCAAAAAUACAGAAAAGGAAAGCUGAAAAGCGUUGGGCGGAGAAUGAUUGGAACACGUAUAAGUCACUUCGCAAUCACAUGUUGCAUAAUAGGUCCAUGGUUAAAUGAUGCUCGUAGAAUCCAUCACAAUGAUUUAAUUACUGAAAACGAAGGUGAUCAAAAACAGUUAUUUCGUGUUGUGAAGUCUUUGUUGAAUAUUGCGAACAAGCAACCUGUAAUACCAUACAUUAUUGACAAAGAGGGCUUUGUCGAUGGAUUUAGGCAAGUUUUUUUUUCAGAACAAAGUAAUACAGAUCCAUGAAAAUAUUGAGUCAAGAUUGAAUGCAAGUAGCAAUCCACAGACAAAUUAUCUUCAGGUUUCCUCCCAUGAUGUACUCGACUUUAAUAACUUUUCUCUUCUUUCAGAACAUGAUGAUAGGAAACUUAUAACCAAGUUCAGCAAAAAGUCUUGUGCAUCGGACCCAAUGCCCACAAAGAUUCUUUUACAGUGUGUGGACACACUGAUUCCCACCAUCACAUCUCUAAUUAAUCUCCCAUCAAUUGCCUUCUGGUCAUUUUCCUUCGCAAUGGAAAACUGCUAUAAUUAAACCAUUAUUGCAAAACACCUGGUUUGGAAACAAAAAAUUGUAAUCUUCGGCCUGUUAAAGUUACAAAUAUUUGAAAAUUGAGACAGUUUCUUAACACAUUCAAUCAAGUAAAUACCAAAGUAAUUUUUUAACAGGGUAGUGAACGAGGCCACCCUAGCCUGCAUGAGGGGAGUUCACUUAAUUUGACAGUCCGGACCUUUCGUUUGAGGACGCGCACGCUUAUUUACGACGUUAGUUGAUUUUGGAAGAGACUUUUUGGGCCCGUCAUCAUGGUCGUCCUGCAAUGCAAAUUGUGUGACAUGAGAUUUUUUUUUCGUUUCGCAUCUGCGACGGAAACAUUCAAUAUGCGUUUCGUGUGCAAAAUUUUGGUUGCUACUAUGGUAACAGCGAUAUAUCUCGUUGAGGACGACUUUCCAAAGCCACAUUUGACUCCUCCUAGAGCUCGAGAGGCCGCCCGGGGGGCCCACUUCCAUUGAUUAGUGGAUCCCAGGAGCGACCACGCGUAAAAGGGGACAGAGUGGGCAGGUACGUUACGUAUAGGCCUAUGUAACGUUAUAAGGGUGUCAAAACGAUGUUUAAAAUGCUGACAAAAAAGGGAUAUCCAAUACUUGUAGGGUUUCACAAGCCAAAUUCUUGUUAAGAGAUGCAUUUUCAUAA